AUGUCUCCCAACACGACGUCCGAAUGCUGGGAGGUAUUGACUGAUAUUCUUGGUGGCAUCACCCCCCUGUGGGCGCUGCGGGUCAUCGCCGAUAGGAGAGUCUCUGCCAACGAGACAGGAGUCAAGACCAAGGUUUUCAACAAGCAGGAGGCCCUCACAGGAUUCAUCGAUCCCAAGGCCAUCCUCCUCUUCAUCUCCGCUUUCGCCGCGGCCAUUCCCAACGCCGUGGUCAACUCCUUCUCCACAAUCAUUGUCCUGGUCAUGGGCUUCAGUACCACCAAGACAAGAGAGCUCAAAUCUGUCGGUGACGCUCUUCAGAUCAUUGCCCUUCUCAUCAGCGGGACGAUCACGCUUAACGUGCCAAACAGCCGUCUGCCCACGGCGACAGCGGCCAAUAUCCUCUGCACCACUGCAGCAGCAUGCAUAGCUUAUCUUAGGCAUGUCCGUUGA